CUUGCAUGCAGAGACGCUUCCUCAGCAGAGUUUGUAAACAGAAGAAGCAUAGAAGCUAAACAUGAAGCCUUUCCCGUGCCAUUUCCCUGGCUGCGAUUCCAGCUAUCUACGUAAGGAACACUUGCAGCGUCACCUUGUCCAGCAUACAGCAGACACCCCGAAGACCCCAUGUCCAUUCUGUGACCGUGCCUUUGCCAGACAUGAUACAAUGCGCCGCCAUACACGGCAGGCCCAUAAAGCUGAAGCCAAACGGCUUUGCGACGUGCGCACUGAGCGGACAUGCAGAGCAUGUCAAGUAGCCAAUUCAAGCUGUGAAGGUCGAAACCCGUGUCGGCGCUGUCUCCGCGAAAGUCUUUGUUGUUCGUUCUCGAAUGAUCGAGCCAGUCGCACGGUUGAUAAUACCAGUUCGAUCCUCCAGUACACACAGCGCUAUUUCCAGAAUUUUCAUCCGCAGUGGCCAUUGCUACACCUGGGCACAUACAGUAUCCGGGAUGAACCAUCGCUUCUUCUGUAUUCUGUGGUGGCCAUUGGCCUUUGGACUGAAGGAACAAUUUCCUCUCGGGCGACUGCGUUGGCUCUUCAUGACACUAUUGGGAAUUCUAUCUAUCAGCAAAAGAGCCAGUGGGACAGCACAUUAAUACACAAAGAUCAAAAGGAUCAUACUGCUUCUGCAUGGCCCAUCGCAACAUACCAAGGGAUUCUGCUAUACCUCAUCCUCUCCCUGCUGAAGUCCCGUCGGCCCCGCCAGUCACGUCAGUGUUCACUCAGCCAGUCAGACUAUGAUAUUCUUGCUGCACUGGUGCGAACCUGUCGCAGGCACAAUCUCUUCUUUUACCCCAGGAUGAUCGGACGGUACCACGGGAUAAACUCGAUGGCAUGUAUAUGGGUGGGUGUGGAAGAGAUCAAACGGCUUGGGAUCGCUCUUUACAGGGUAUGCAAACUGUGCAGUAACAGCAACAACAGUGACGUUGAUGGAGGCAACUAUCUCAAAUCCGAUUUCCUGACUCUGUCUGACUUGCAAUUCCCCAUGCCAGACAGCAACGAGCUUUGGAACGCAGAAUCCAACAUGGUUCUUUCCAGACGACUGGCCGAGGUAGAACCCAGUACGACGCUGGAUGGUCGACUGGAGGAGAAUUGGAUCUUGAACCUUGGAGAUGUGCCUUUUGAAUGCUUUAUGAUUUAAUGCAGCAAUUCUUAUGUUUAUUAUUACGAUUAUUUUCUUUUCUUU